AUGUGGAACCCCGGAUCAGCCUUGUGCAACACCGCCGGUUGGGACUUUGGUGGACCCUCGGGUGUUACCCCUCCGCCUGAUCAAUACCCCCAUUUCGCCUCUCAGGGUGUAAACAUCUUCCGCAUUCGGUGGAACCUCAUGACGCCAACGGUUGGCGGAGACAUCGACGAAGGCUUCUUCUCCAAGUAUGACGGUUCGGUUCAAGCUGCUCGCAAGUCUAGCACUAACCCGUAUGUCAUCAUUGACUUGCACAACUACGCCCGCUGGAACGGUACUAUCAUUGGCCAGGGCGGGCCAAGCAAUGACCAGUUUUCCGAUUUCUGGAACAAGCUUGCGGCCAAGUACAAGGAUGACGACCACAUUAUUUUCGGUGUCAUGAACGAACCUCAUGAUCUGGACGUCCCUACUUGGGUGCAGAGUGUUCAAGCCGCCAUCAACGCUAUCCGCGCUGCAGGAGCGAAUUCGCAGUACAUCUUGAUGCCUGGAUCUAGUUAUUCGAGCGCCGGCGCUCUUCCAACUGAGGCUGGACCGCUUCUUGUCAAGCUCACUGAUCCUGCCGGCGGAACCGACAAGCUUCUUUUCGAUGUCCACUUUUAUCUCGACUCUGACGGCAGCGGAUCCCACACUGACUGUACCAAGAACGGCGUCGACGUUAUGACCACUCUCGCCAACUGGUUGAAUUCGAACGGCAACCGCCAGGCCAUUCUGAGCGAGACCGGAGGCGGAAGCACGUCCUCCUGCGAGACCGAUCUCAAUCAGGAGCUUGCGUACAUCAAGAACAACGCCGGCAGCUUCGCUGGCUUUACGGCUUGGUCCGCUGGAGCCUUUGCCACCACCUACGGUUUGUCGCUGACGCCCAAUGCCGAUGGGUCUGACCAGCCGAUCUGGACUCAGGCUGGUGAGUAG